UGUUCAUGCAAGUCCACCCCUCACGUUCAAGAACUGCGUUCCCACUUCGAAAUUACCCGAAAUAUUGUAUUUAUAUCGCUUUAUUUAUACUAUGUAGUACUUUAAAACGGAUUUUAAAAAUCCGUUUAAUAUUAAAAGUUCGAAGAGGAUAUUUUCUUCGAAAUAAAUAUCGUAAUUUGUGUUGUGCGCACGGAUAAUUAAGGUUAUGUCGUGCGAGGAAAGCUACUUAGCCAUCAGACGUUAUCUGUCCGACGAGCGGGAGCCGUACGCACCGGGGACCCAUGGCAAUACUAAAAGAAAGAUACGUAAAGCAGCCGCUUGCUAUGUCGUGCGGAAUGGCACACUGUACUACCAGAGAAGGCAGAAGGGCCUGGAUGAAUUCACCGAGUUGGAAGUGGUGUUGCAGGCAGGACGGAGGAAGGAACUGAUCGACGAGUCACACAUUGUGACCGGAGGAGAGCACCUCAACCAGCAUCACACUUGGGAAUCAAUUUCUCAGAAGUAUUGGUGGAGAGGUAUCCUGAAGCAGGUGAAGGACUACAUGAGACAAUGUAGUCUGUGUCAGAACAGACAUGACCGGAGGGGGCUAUCGGAGGACGAUACCGGACCCAGGCUGCUUGGCCGACCAGGGAGACGCAGGAGGGUCACAACCCCAGCCAGCGAGGAGGAGGAGGAAGAGGAGGAGGAGGAGGGAGACGACGAGAUGGACUUUGUGACUUCCGUCCAUCACAAGACCCGGAGCCCCAAAACAGUAGCCAAACACGAACUGGUCUUUGUGGACAGUAAAGGAGUGGUGAAGCAGUACCUUCCCAGACACGGUCAGACGAUGCUGGACAAGCUGAACCAGCAGCGCCUCAACAACCAGUUCUGUGACAUCACGCUGCUGAUCGAGGGGGAGGAGCACAGGGCCCACAAGGCUGUGCUGGCCGCCUGCAGCGACUACUUUAAUGAGCUGUUUAUAGAGAAGGGAGCUGUGUCCAGUCACGAAGCGGUGGUCGACCUCUCAGGUUUCAGCAAGGUCAGUUUCCUCCCCCUGCUAGAGUUUGCAUACACCUCCAACCUCUGCUUCAACUUCUGUGUGAUGGCCGACGUUGCCACGCUGGCCCGACACCUCCUGAUGGCCGAGGUCCUUCAGAUUUGUGAGUCCGUCCACAAGCAGGUGGAGGAGCAGAAGCUGAUGGUCUACCAGCAAGGAGACAUCCACACGGUGGUGUCCAGCCAGCCGGCACCCCAACAGGCCCCGAAUGAAGACCCUGGGGCCUACAUUAUGACCAUCGGCAGUGACGGCCAUGCCGUGGUGACUCAUACUGGGCUAGCUGGAGCAGGGGAGGACCUGGACUCCUUGGCUGUCGUGGAAAACACAACAGAGUCCUUCAGAGGGGAUCUGACGUCUGUAGUCACCCAGGCUCUGGGUGGUGAACCAGGGGAGACUAUGACCGUGGUUGGGGAGGCAGGGUCAGAGACGGUGACGCUAGUCACCCACAGUAGCCAGGCCCGGGUAGGCGAGUCGGUCACCCUCUUCUCCCCUACUGGAGAGACAGAGACCAUGACGGUGGUGACCCACAGCGGCCAGGCCGGAGCCAGUGAGUCCCUGGCCGUGGUGUCAGCCUGUCUGGCCCUGGAGCAGCAACCGCAAGACGGGGACGAGGGAGAGGGGGCCUCCCCCUCCAUGGAGCCAGGGGCCUUCCUCAUCAGUGUGGACCCAGGGAAUGUUGCAACAUCAUCAUCAUCAGCCCCCCAGGCCUCCCCCAAGCCUCCCCCUGCUCCACAACUCCCCAGGAGGAAGAGAGGGCGUCCUGCCAAAGUCAAGCAGGAAGUUGUGGAGGAGCCUCCUGUUGACGAGGAAGUGCCAGAGCCAGUUUCUCCCCCUGCAGAGGAGAUCCAUGAAGAUAUGCAGGGGACCCAUGACCCCUAUAAGAGACGCCUACGGCAGCGUUCCGUGGGGGAGGGAGGGUACGUCAGACUACACAUGGGGCUGGAGAAGGACCCAGCACCCUCACAGCUCCCCAACACCCCCAAGAAGAGAGGCGGAGGCGCCAAGAGACCAGUUAAAGUGAUCGAGGCCGCAGCGACACUGAUCGGGAUGGAGACUGUUGUCCAGACGGACAUGGAGGAGAUCCUGUCAGUGGAGGGCGUGUCAGACGGAGCUGAGCCUAUCACAGAGCAGGCUGUGGGGGAGUGGCCUGAGCAUGGCCCCGCCCAUCCAGAUGGAGGGAGUGAGGUGGAGGGAGAACACGUCUGUUCAGAGUGUGGACUGUCGUUUCAACGACGCUACGCUCUCAUCAUGCACACGCUCAAACACGAGAAGACCAGGCGAUUCAAGUGUAGUUUAUGUAACAAGGAGUUCCAGUACGCGGCCUCUCUGAGGGCCCAUCUGACCAGACACAAGCACCAGAAGAGUCAGAGGCCGCCCCUGGUCAGGGUCCCCCAGCCCCACGGCGAGGAGGGCCUCGAGGUGGACGGCAGGACCAAGGGACGCACCAAGAGAGAGUUUGUCUGUGACAUCUGUGGAAAGACUCUUCCUAAGCUGUACUCUCUGAGGAUUCACAUGCUCAACCACACUGGGGUGCGGCCCCACUCCUGCAGGGUCUGUGGGAAGACCUUCGCUCAUAAACACAGCCUGAAGAUGCACAGAGGUCUUCAUGACGCUGCUAAACAGUUCCACUGCCUGCUCUGUGACAAGUCCUUCGCUAGUAAGAGAAGUCUGGAGGAACACACCAGUAUUCACACAGGUGAAUCUAAGUAUCUCUGUACCCAGUGUGGGAGGUCGUUCCACCGAGCCUCUGGUCUGAGUAAACACUUAAAGAGGCACCAGCCCAGACCUGACGUACGAGGGUUCCCCUGUAGUCACUGUGACAGAAGUUUCUUUGAGGCCAAAGACCUGCAGCAGCACAUGAACAAACACCUGGGACUCAAGCCCUUCCAGUGUCAGAUCUGUGGGAAGUCGUACAGCUGGAAGAAGGACUGGUACUCCCAUGUCAAGUCCCACAGCGUGGCAGAGCCUUACAGGUGUAACGUCUGUGGCAAGGAGUUCUUUGAGAAGGCUCUGUUCAGGAGACACGUGAAGAAGGCCACGCACGGCAAGAAGGGCCGAGUCAAGCAGAACCUAGAGAGAGAGUGUGAACACUGUGGCAGGAAGUUCACCCAGCUCAGAGAGUACAGACGACACAUGAACAACCACCAGGGAGUCAAACCCUUUGAGUGUCUGACGUGCGGCGUAGCCUGGGCCGACGCCCGCUCUCUGAAGAGACACGUGCGCACCCACACCGGCGAGCGCCCUUACGUGUGCCCCGAGUGCCAGGAAGCCCACAUCGACGCUCGCUCCCUACGGAAGCACAUGACCAAGUACCACGGCGACCUCCUGCCGGGGAAGAUCAUGCUGGAGAAAGAUACGCUGCAGUUUCACAACCAGGGUACUCAGGUGGAACACGCAGUCUCCAUCCUGGCGUCCGAUCUCCCCCCCGAGCUCCGGCCCGUCCAGCCGCCGCCGGCCGAGGAGAUCGAGACGGUGCUGAUCACGGAGGAGACGGUGGAGGCGGUUCAGGCCGUUCAGGGUGACGGGGUCGCGACCUUGUCAGACCAGAGUAUCAUGCAGGUGGUGAACUAUGUGCUGUCCCAGCAAAGUGUGAUGCCUGGGGGGGUGAAGAUGGAGGGAGAUGAAGGGCAGGAGGUUAUACAGACCGUGGAGCAGCAGGAGGUUAUACAGACCGUGGAGCAGCAGGAGGUUAUACAGACCGUGGAGCAGCAGGAGGUUAUACAGACCGUGGAGCAGCAGGAGGUUAUACAGACCGUGGAGCAGCAGGAGGUUAUACAGACCGUGGAGCAGCAGGAGGUUAUACAGACCGUGGAGCAGCAGGAGGUUAUACAGACCGUGGAGCAGCAGGAGGUAAUACAGACCGUGGAGCAGCAGGAGGGAGAUGGAGGGCAGGAGGUUAUACAGACCGUGGAGCAGCAGGAGGUUAUACAGACCGUGGAGCAGCAGGAGGGAGAUGGAGGGCAGGAGGUUAUACAGACCGUGGAGCAGCAGGAGAUUAUACAGACCGUGGAGCAGCAGGAGGUUAUACAGACCGUGGAGCAGCAGGAGGGAGAUGGAGGGCAGGAGGGAGAUGGAGGGCAGGAGGUUAUGCAGACCGUGGAGCAGCAGGAGGUUAUACAGACCGUGGAGCAGCAGGAGGGAGAUGGAGGGCAGGAGGUUAUACAGACCGUGGAGCAGCAGGAGGUUAUACAGACCGUGGAGCAGCAGGAGGGAGAUGGAGGGCAGGAGGUUAUACAGACCGUGGAGCAGCAGGAGGGAGAUGGAGGGCAGGAGGUUAUACAGACCGUGGAGCAGCAGGAGGGAGUUGGAGGGCAGGAGGUUAUACAGACCGUGGAGCUGCAGGAGGGAGAUGGAGGGCAGGAGGUUAUAUAGACCGUGGAGCAGCAGCAGGUUAUACAGACCGUGGAGCAGCAGGAGGUUAUACAGACCAUGGAGCAGCAGGAGGUUAUACAGACCAUGGAGCAGCAGGAGGGAGAUGGAGGGCAGGAGGUUAUACAGACCGUGGAACAGCAGGAGGUUAUACAGACCGUGGAGCAGCAGGGGGGUGAUGGAGGGCAGGAGGUUAUACAGACCAUGGAGCAGCAGGAGGGAGAUGGAGGGCAGGAGGUUAUACAGACCGUGGAGCAGCAGGAGGUAAUACAGACCGUGGAGCAGCAGGAGGUUAUACAGACCAUGGAGCAGCAGGAGGUUAUACAGACCGUGGAGCAGCAGGAGGGAGAUGGAGGGCAGGAGGUUAUACAGACCGUGGAGCAGCAGGAGGGAGAUGAAGGGCAGGAGGUUAUACAGACCGUGGAGCAGCAGGAGGUUAUACAGACCGUGGAGCAGCAGGAGGGAGAUGAAGAGCAGGAGGUUAUACAGACCGUGGAGCAGCAGGAGGUUAUACAGACCGUGGAGCAGCAGGAGGUUAUACAGACCGUGGAGCAGCAGGAGGUUAUACAGACCGUGGAGCAGCAGGAGGUAAUACAGACCGUGGAGCAGCAGGAGGUAAUACAGACCGUGGAGCAGCAGGAGGUAAUACAGACCGUGGAGCAGCAGGAGGUAAUACAGACCGUGGAGCAGCAGGAGGUAAUACAGACCGUGGAGCAGCAGGAGGUAAUACAGACCGUGGAGCAGCAGGAGGUAAUACAGACCGUGGAGCAGCAGGAGGUAAUACAGACCGUGGAGCAGCAGGAGGUAAUACAGACCGUGGAGCAGCAGGAGGUAAUACAGACCGUGGAGCAGCAGGAGGUUAUACAGACCGUGGAGCAGCAGGAGGUAAUACAGACCGUGGAGCAGCAGGAGGUAAUACAGACCGUGGAGCAGCAGGAGGGUGAUGAAGAGCAGGAGGUUAUACAGACCGUGGAGCAGCAGGAGGUUAUACAGACCGUGGAGCAGCAGGAGGUUAUACAGACCGUGGAGCAGCAGGAGGGGGAUGGAGGGCAGGAGGUUAUAUAGACCGUGGAGCAGCAGGAGGGAGAUGGAGGGCAGGAGGUUAUACAGACCGUGGAGCAGCAGGAGGGAGAUGGAGGGCAGGAGGUUAUACAGACCGUGGAGCAGCAGGAGGGAGAUGGUUAUACAGUCUGUUGAGGUGACUCACAUGGCAGAGGGGGAGGGAUGUGACAGACGGCACCUAGUAGACUGACUCAGUCACGAGGCCAGCGUUUCCCAAACUCAGUGCACAUUUUAGUUUUUGCUCUUAACACGACACAACUAUUUAAAAUGACCAACUCACCAUGGAGCUUUGAUCAUUAGAAUCAGCUGUGUCGUGCUAGGCCAAAAGCUAAACAUGCCCCCCCCCCCCCCCCCCCUUUGGCACUUUGGUAACGGCCAUUUCCUGCAAUCUAAGAGCAACAAAAAAGGCCUUGAAUGAUAAAGUUUUAAAAAAGAACUUGUUUUCUUUCAUUUAAUUUUACGUAGUGGCGCUGCUAGUCCACAAGGUGGCGCUGCGCCCCCUCUUCCAUUCUUUGAGGAGAACCCUGUAGUGUCCCUGAAUCAGCUGGUCAGGUCCGGUGACUAGGGCUAUGUGGUUACUCUAUCCUCUGUAGAGUACAUUACUGUCGACCAGGGGCCCAUAGGGCUCUGAGUGGGCCGCUAUGUAAGGGGGGGGUGACAGGGGCCCAUAGGGCUCUGAGUGGGCCGCUAUGUAAGGGGGGGGUGACAGGGGCCCAUAGGGCUCUGAAUGGGCCGCUAUGUAAGGGGGGGGGGUUAAGGGGCCAUUUGAGAGGCACCCUUGGAAUGCUAAUCAUAGGAGAAGUGAGUGGUAGACCUGCUUCCUCGACAGAGAUGGGACUGUGUGGAGUAACAGGGCACCUGGGGUUCAGUAGGACACAAAGGAAAGUCAUCUGUGCUGUUAUUGGACAGAUUGAGGUCCUGCCUGGCUGUUUUCGUCCUGUUGACCAAGCCCCUGCUCUGCCUCAACCCAGGGACCAUCCUUCUCUCUACAGUGGGACAGAAAGUACCAAGUCGACUUUUUAUUUUGAUUAUGUACAUUGAAUGAACUGAGGUUUUUGACUUUUCUGUUCGAUCUUGUGUAUAAUGUGUAAAUUAACGACAAUCAUUAAAAAUAUUCUGAAUUAAUAA